AUGGUCCAGGCCCUGGGAGCGCAGAGAAUGGGACAGAAGGCACAGGUGGACGGAGGUGCAGGAAAGCAGGCACGGGUUCCUGAACUGCCCUCUGGCUUCCCCCAGCAUGUGACUGUGGAGACCCCUACCCCGGCGCCUGAGGACAGCCACUGGAGCCUGGUGCCAAGCUUGGUGAAGAAGCUGGUGGGGUCGCUGGUGGCCAGGACCAGAGACAGGGGGCAGCAGUUCUGGCGCCCUGGUACCCUCCAUCUGCAAGACCUGGGUCCCCGCACGCAGGCCUGGUUUGCUAGCUCCAGGAACAGCCUCCUUAGCAAGGCCCAGGGCCUGUGCCUCAAGAUUCUGUGUGGGACAGAGGAUGUGGCCUUAGCACGCUCCACCACCACUCCCCGGGGAGUUAAUGAGUAG